AUGACUGCUGAAAACGGAAGAGUUCAGUGUCACAGUGAAAAUAAAGACAAUUACAGCAUCACUUUGACAAAUGUGACAGAAGCUGAUAAACACGUCUACUACUGCAGAUUUAUAACAGACAGACCAGAUGGAAAAUGGACAGAAGUUCCUGGAGUUCAGCUUAAUGUCACAGACCUCCAGGUGGAGACACAACAGAGAGUGAAAGAGGGAGAUUCAGUCACUCUUACAUGUAAAACCACCUGCAGACUGACUGAAGAAACAACAUUCAUCUGGUACAGAAACACACAGACAUUAACUGAACACACAGUGAAUGAGUUUCAUCUGCAGUCAGUCAGUCGUCAUGAUUCAGGAGUCUUUAGAUGUGCUAUAAGAGGAUCUGAACAUCUGUCCUCUCCUGGUGUUCAUCUCAAUGUUGAAUAUCCUCCUGAGAAAAUCUCAGUGUCCAUCAAUUCUUCUGGUGUAAUAGUGGAGGGUGAUUCAGUGAAUCUGACCUGCAGCAGUGAAUCAUAUCCACCUGUUCACAUCUACAGCUGGUUUAAAGAGAAUCAAACAUCAUCUGUUGGAUCUGGACAGACGUUCAGCAUCACUAACAUUAAUUCUAGUCUCAGUGGAUGGUUUUACUGUGUGGCUCAGAAUAAACAUGGAUCUCAGAGAUCAGCUGCUGUAUCACUCACUGUUAAAGGAGUUCACUCAGUUUCUGGAUUUGUGUCAGGAUGUGGAGGACUGUCUAUUGUCUUCUUUAUGGGUCUUUUUAUUAAGAACAGGAGGACUGAUAAUAGAGAACAAGACAUGAAUCAGCAUCAGGUUAGCGAACACACAUCUUCAUCUUCACCUGCUGUAGAUUCUUCUUCAUCUCAUGAAUCCUGUGCUGAUGUCACAUUGACGGCUGUCUCGAAGCUUGUUAUGGCGGCGUGUUUCACAAUAUCUCUGAUGUUUCUGCUCAUGACUGCUGCUGUUGAUGGUCAGCAGGAUUGGGGAGUGAAUUACAAUCCUUCAUAUGUUUGUGCAUUAAGAGGCUCAACAGUGAGAAUGUCCUGUUAUAUAAAAUAUCCUUCUGACCAUGUGGUCAAUAAAACCGUCUGGACCAAAGCUGUUGUGACUACUGAAGAACCAGAUGACAUGUGUUUGUACGGAAGAGUUCAGUGUCACAGUGAAAAUAAAGACUCUUACAACAUCACUUUGACAAAUGUGACAGAAGCUGAUAAACACGUCUACUACUGCAGAUUUAUAACAGACAGACCAGAUGGAAAAUGGACAGAAGUUCCUGGAGUUCAGCUUAAUGUCACAGACCUCCAGGUGGAGACACAACAGAGAGUGAAAGAGGGAGAUUCAGUCACUUUUACAUGUAAAACCACCUGCAGACUGACUGAAGAAACAACAUCCAUCUGGUACAGAAACACACAGACAUUAACUGAACACACAGUGAAUGAGUUUCAUCUUCAGUCAGUCAGUCGUAAUGAUUCAGGAGUCUAUAGAUGUGCUAUAAGAGGAUCUGAACAUCUGUCCUCUCCUGGUGUUCAUCUCAAUGUAGAAUAUCCACCUAAAAUCUCAGUGUCCAUCAGUCCAUCUGGUGUAAUAGUGGAGGGUGAUUCAGUGAAUCUGACCUGCAGCAGUGAAUCAAAUCCACCUGUUCACACCUACAGCUGGUUUAAGGGGAAGAACAUGGUAAAAUCUGGAAACAUCUACAGCAUCACAAGUGUCAGACCAGAUCACAGUGGAGAAUACAAGUGCAAGGCCAUAAAUACACAUGGAGAGAAAUAUUCAGAAGCUGUGAUGAUGAAUGUGAUGUAUGCGCCAAGAAAUGUCUCGGUGUCCAUCAGUUCUUCUGGUGUAAUAGUGGAGGGUGAUUCAGUGAAUCUGACCUGCAGCAGUGAAUCAAAUCCACCUGUUCACAUCUACAACUGGUUUAAAGAGAAUCAAACAUCAUCUGUUGGAUCUGGACAGACGUUCAGCAUCACUAACAUUAAUUCUAGUCUCAGUGGAUGGUUUUACUGUGUGGCUCAGAAUAAACAUGGAUCUCAGAGAUCAGCUGCUGUAUCACUCACUGUUAAAGAUCCUCCAGAGAAAACCUCAGUGUCCAUCAGUUCUUCUGGUGUAAUAGUGGAGGGUGAUUCAGUGAAUCUGACCUGCAGCAGUGAAUCAAAUCCACCUGUUCACAACUACAGCUGGUUUAAAGAGAAUCAAACAUCAUCUGUUGGAUCUGGACAGACGUUCAGCAUCACUAACAUUAAUUCUAGUCUCAGUGGAUGGUUUUACUGUGUGGCUCAGAAUAAACAUGGAUCUCAGAGAUCAGCUGCUGUAUCACUCACUGUUAAAGGUGUUCGGGGUUCUUCUCUAUACAUCAUUUUUGCGAUUCUGGCAGAAUGUGUAGGACUCUUCAUCAUAAUCAUCAUUCUGAUUAUUAAAAAGAGGAGGACUGAUAGUAGAGCAGAAUACAUCAAUCAGACUGAGAUGAACCAUCAUUCAUCUUCAUCUCCACCUGAUACGGCUGUCUCGAGUGAUGAUACAUACACAGCUCUGAAUCCUGCGUCCAGAACAUCUGCAGACAUUUACAACACAAUCAGAUCGGAUCAGUGCAGGGCUGCUGAUGGCGUCUACACGACUUUUGAGCUUCAGUCCAGAUCUUCUGAAUAUGAUACAAUAGCAGUAAACACACAUUAAACUCUCUCUCGCUCUGACAGUGAGAGCUCUAGUCUGACUGGAAUGAUGUUAUUUCUUUAUUUGUUACUAAUAAUUAACAUCAAGUGAUCAAUACUUUUCUAUUAUUUAGUCAUUUAGUCAUUUAGCAGAGGUGAGACCAAGUCAUUGUUUUCUAGUCACAAGUAAGUCUCAAGUCUUUUUAUUGAAGUCUCAAUUCAUCUCAAGCCCCAAUCACGAAUUUCAGUUUUGUAUCGACAAAAAUCUGCAUUAUUGUGAUCAGUGUUUGUAUUUGUUGCGCUCUUUACUCUCUUAUUUUAUAUGUUCAAUUUGGUGUCUUUGGACUGUUGUUACUGUAUUAAACUACAAUCGUCGAGCCAAUUUAAGCCAAAAGAUCACUUCUGAUUAAUGUACUCAUUAUGAGAUUUUUUUAUCUGUUAAUAUCAGUUCUCUGCUUAUGAAGUAUGAACUUAUAUGAAUGUACACUGGGACAAUAUUUAGGAAUGAAAUAAUUUAUAUACAAACUGUUAAACAGCUUAACCACUAAGACAAACGAAGACAUGAAGAAUCUGUUUGUGAAUCUCAAUAAUUCAUUCUUCAACAAAAGAAAACUUCAUGCUACAAUGCAUGCUGGAUAACAUCAUAGUACAAAACUCAUUCAUGACUCACAGAAUGCAUUGCAGUUGACAUGGUUAUGUGAAUUAGUUUGAUCAUUUUCACCAUUGUUGAGGUUUGUAUCAUGAGUGCUGAUCUGUAGGUGUGUCUAAAGCGAUCCGUUUAUUUUAUCUAAGUUCCUAUGCAUUUACAAGUCAGAGCACUCACACCAGUCAUCUAUUUCUCAACAAUAUUACAUUUUAUUAUAUUAAACUUACAUAUAAAUAACUUGCUUUUGUGCAUGUCGGCUUUAGCGCACAAGUGUGCCUUCCAAAACACUAUAAUGUAACUACAUCAAGCACCACUUAAAAAGAAAAAUAAGUAACUUAAACGAAGCCAAAGAUCAAGAUCCCUCCUAAAGCAAACACUGAUCACAAUAAUGGUGGUUUUGAUGGGUACGAAAAUUAUAUUGAUUCAAUUCCAUUAACAUUCAGGUUCUUGUGAACCUCUAUUGAUCUGUCGCUAAAUGAAAUGAUGAUGAAAUUUUAGUGAUUUGUGAUUUGAUGAAUGUUGAGUUUUAGUGAUGCUUUUGUUCAUCUUAUGUCAUAACUGUGUGUUGCGUAACUGUAGAUGUUGUAAUGGCGACGUGUUUCACAAUAUCUGAGAUUUUCUGCUCAUGGCUGCUGAAAAGUGCAGAUCACACAGUGCAGUUCAUUAAAACUUAAUCUAGCAUGAUCUUAAAACUAACAAUAUUACUGCGUUAUCUAUUGACAUUUUUAAAUACACAUAUAAUUCUAUCAGCCAAAUUAAUCUUUACUUUUUUGGGGCCAGUAAAUCAAACUCAGUUACGAGUGCAUGAAGCCAGAAUGAGAUUUUCUAACCAUUGUGUCUCCCUUAGCAAAUUUUUAAACAGUCGCUUACAGUUAUUGUGAAUACAGGUUUAUUUUGACACCCCAAAUGGGAAUAACGCUUUGGAUUGAGUUUUUCAAUCAUCCAGUAGAUUACUUGAAGAAAACCAGGUUUGGUAGGUGGCGCUAUAUCCUCGAUUUGCAGUCCGGCUUUGCAAGCAUAUCAUAUUUGAAGUACAUCAUUGCAUCAAUGCAAACACUGGCCAAAAUAUGAUAUACUUUAUUACAGAUCCCAAAUGUACCACAAAAGUAAUUGAUUUCCACUAAAACAACCCUCACAGAUCGUGAAGCAACAUCUUUUAGAACUUACGCCAUGUUGCUUUUUUAAGUUGUUCUGUUUAAGAGAAAGUUUCUCUGGUGCUCUUCUGAUGUGUGACGUUUCAUGUUUAACAAAAACAGAAAUAUG